UUCUUCAUCCACUUCCACCACAAAAUACACACACACUUCUCUUCUUUUCUCUAUCACCACCCCCUAAAAACAUUCUAAGUUGGAGGUGCAAAUAGCAAAAAAUGGGCAUAAAAAAAUCCAACAAACUACAACAAUCUGAAGUUAUCAAGCAAAUUCUCAAAAGAUGUUCAAGUUUUGGUAAAAAGCAAGGUCUUCCUGAGGAUGUACCAAGAGGUCAUUUUGCAGUUUAUGUUGGAGAGAAUAGGACUAGAUAUAUUGUCCCAAUUUCUUGGUUGGAACAUCCUCAAUUUCAAAAUCUUCUACAAAGAGCUGCAGAGGAAUUUGGUUUCAAUCAUGAUAUGGGACUUACUAUCCCUUGUGAUGAAGAUGUUUUUGAGUCCUUAAUUUCAUUGAUGAGAUAAAAACCAAGGAUUGUUAGAUUUUAUUAGUUGAAGAUUACCAAACAUAAAAGCAUGUUUGGAUUCAGGGUGAGUUUGAUAGAAUUACGAUGAGACACCGUGAUUUUGCAAAAGCCGCACUUUAAGGUUUCAGCGAAAUCACGUGCCACUUUGAUUCCAAACAUGUACUAAUAACAUUUUAAGUUUGGUAUUGUUAUUUUUAAAUUGUAUAUAUAGAGAUAUGUAUAUGGAUUGAUAUCCAAGCAGGGAAUUUCCUUGGCGAUGUCAUGUGUAUCUUGAUUGAGUAAUGAUUUAUUAAAUGAAGGAAUGUUCUACA